CCUCCUCCUUCUGCUGUGAUUCUCCAUGUUUCUCUGUCUGUAUUUUUAUUUUAUUUUUCAAAAAUUAUUCAUAUUAACGGGCGCCUAACUCCGUGACGGCAUUCCAUAGAUUCCGUCUUACUUCUGCUUAAGCGCGAUUCAGUAUCUACCUAGGUUUCAGAUUAAAGGGAUGGGAAAGAUGUACAAGAAGAAACAACAUGUUCCAUCCAGAGAACAUACCAAUAAGCGGGAAAACGAAAUGGACUUAAAAAUGGACUUAAGGACGAUUAUGAAAGAUGUUGAAAACUUCAGCAACUCGCAUAUGACAUGGAAAGAGCGCAAAAAGAUUGAAGAUAGGAAGGUUGUUUCCCUUGGUGGGAAGCCUCUCAAGAAUCAGAGAUUACCUUUAAGUGUGGCACGGCCAAUGAUGAAGAAACAAAAGCAGAGAGAAGAAAAAAUGCUCCAAGAGCGUAUGAUUCUAGGACGGUUUGGGGGAAAGGUUGGUGGUAGUAGCAAGAGUAAAAAACCAGUUGGAAAACACAAGCCUGAGGACAGGGGUUUGAAGUUAAGCGAAGGCCGUUUUAGAAAUGGUAUACUUGACGUGAAGCAUUUGUUGAAGUCAACACCCACAAGAGGUCAUGACACGGGUAAAAAUAUGUCCAAUAUAGGGAAAAGAAAAGGAGGCAACGGGAAACAUGAUAAGAAGGGUGGUGGUAAGAAGCACGAAAUGUUUUAGAAAAUGAGAUUUUUCUUACGGUAUUCAAUGUGUAUGAUUUUUAUUAAUCUGUCAUUGUUCUUACGCUGUUCGACUUAUUUAUGGGAAGUUAAUCAAUUUUGAAGAUGUUUAUGUGGAGAAGUGAAAAAACAGAACCUAUCUCUUUAUCUGUAUAUCUUUGCUUGCAUUCUCUGCUCUCAAUGGCUCAUUUAUGCAUCA